GUUGUAGGAGCAGGAGAUUGCGCGGCCGGGGAAGGAGGAGAAGGUUGCAGCGGCGGCGAGCGGCGUGCAAGCCGAGGAGGAGGGAGAGAGGGAGAGGGAGACGUCACCUGCGAUGACACCGGCCUCAUCCGCCGCCGAAACCGUCGUCAUCGUCGCAAGCGUCCCGAGCGAGCAGAGCACCCACCGCGCCGCGGCGCCGUCCGUCCCGUCGUCCUACGCCGUCUGGGAGAAGGAGCGGUAAGCAACAGAGCUGUACGCGUGGCCGCGUGCUGUCUCAGAGGAAGCUGCUGCUGCAAGGGAAGGAGAUCAAGGAUUCGAGAGAAAGAAACGACGACGGUGGCAUGGAGGUGGAGAAGGCCAAGUGCGAGUGCUGCGGGUUCACGGAGGAGUGCACGCCGGCGUACAUCGCGGCGGUGCGGGCGGAGUACCUGGGCCGCUGGGUCUGCGGCCUCUGCGCCGAGGCGGUGGGCGACGAGAUCCGCCGCGAGGCCGGGACGCUCACCACCGCCGAGGCGCUGGACCGCCACGUCGCCUUCGCGCGCGCGCCCCGCGCCCGGCCCAGGAAGGCCUCCGCCUCCGACGACCUCGUCGCGGCCGUGGCGCGGCUGCUCCGGCGCUGCCUCGACUCCCCGCCCGCGUCGCCCGCCGCGCCCGCGCCGCCGCACGGCCGGAAGGUGGCCGCGGGGCCCGGGUGCCCCGACGGAGCCGACGCCUGAAGCAAGAGCUCUCGCAGUCGCAGCAGGCUCCGCCGCCGCGCGAACUCUAGCUAAGCUACCUGCUUGCUCGGCGGCGGCGGCGGCGGCGGGCAAUGAUUGGGUCAUUGGUUGGUUGGAGCUGGUGGUGGAAUUGAUUACUUGUAGCUGUACAAGAAUAAAAACCAUGGCGGCAUGUGGGAGCAGCGCUCGUGUAGGUCGCCUUCAUUCGUGAUGAGGAAAUAAUAAUUUGGUGCCGCGAUCGGUUGAUGAUUGCUCGAGGGAGAGGAGCGAAUCGGGCUCCGAAUGAUCAUCGAGCAUGAAGUUAGUUAUUACGUAUGUAUUGCGUCUGUCUAGCUAUUGUUUGUACUAUCUGGAAAUUAUGGUGGAGGACAAGGACUGUUCCAGUAGCUCAGUAUACUGCUAUAUACUACGUACUCAGCUAGAUACUGUAGUCAGGUCGCAUGAACACUGCACUGGGCUACCGGGGUUACCCUUGUGCUUGUGCUUGUGCUGGCUUUCUUGGAGGAUAGAUGCAGCUGUAUCUAUGUAAAUUUAAUAUCUCUUGUAAUUUGCUAUGGCUCUAUACAAUAAUUCAUGUCUCACAUCGACAUUUGGUAC